GACCCGGGACGACCCAAGAAGGAAAACCGUUUAAAGAUCCCUUCUGCCUUGGCAAGAGGGGGAUCCUCCCCCUGUAUCGUUUCCCCCAAGCAUUAGGGAGGAGAGCUGACGCAGGGUCAGGAGGAGUCGGGAAGGGCCAACUGGAUCUCUGUGUCAUUUUGCUUUGCGGGAUCCACCUUGCCUCCAAAUGGGGGUCAGGGCGUUGGCAACCUGCCGCAGCCCCUCCCUGCGAUCCUGAGAAAGGAGGGCAAAGAUCCCCGCCCGGAUCGCUCUCCCUGCCACCCUCCCGAGCCAUGGCAUGGUCGGGUUGUGGCCCCAAGUGCAUCCCGCCCUGGACUCCUCGUUACCGUUACCUGGACCUGCUCUUUGCCUUGAUGGGCACGGCGGCGUUCCUGGUAGACCUGGCUGCGGAUGUGUGGGUGGCCGCCAGCUACCUGCAGGCCGGGCAUUGCUACUGGGGCGGCCUGGUGCUGGGCCUGUUGGGCCUCUCCUCGUUGACCACGCAGCUCUUCAGCUGGGCCUGGUACCGGGGCGACGCGAAAGAGCUGCGCCGGGACCAGGUCACGGACCAGACCCUGCUUACACUACACUUCCUGCAGCUCGGCUACCUGUACAGGUGUCUCCAUGCCCUGAAGGUAGGUUUUCAGGUGUGCCGGAAGGAAGCUCCAACGGAGGCCGAGCGGGGCUAUGCUGUUUUCCUCUCCCACGACAUCAGCUUGCUGCGCCUGUUCGAGACCUUCCUGGAAAGUGCCCCACAGCUCACCCUAGGGCUCUACAUUAUCCUACACACGAGUAAGGCUGAGACGUUUCAGACGCUUGGGAUUUGCACCUCUUUCGUCUGCAUCGCCUGGACUCUCUUGGAUUACCACCAGUCCCUGCGCAUCUUCCUACGGGACAAGCACAAGCUGGGCAUCCUUUCCUCAGCUGUGUACUUCCUGUGGAACUUUCUGUUAGUAUGCCCCCGCAUCCUGUCCUUGGCUCUCUUCACUGUCCUCUUCCCCAGCUACAUCUUCCUGCACUUCCUGGGCGUCUGGGCGGCCAUGUUCCUCUGGGUGACACUGCAGGGCACAGACUUUAUGGAGCACGCCAGCUAUGAGUGGCUUUAUCGGGCGGUAGUGGCCGUUGUUCUCUACUUCUGCUGGUUCAACGUGGCUGAGGGGAAGACGCGCUUCCGCAGUGCCAUUUACUACACGUUCCUAAUGCUGGACAGUGCCCUUCUCACCUGCUUUUGGGUCUGGCACAACCUUCCCUUGAGCUGGGACUCCCCUGUGCUGUAUGCACUCCUUGCUGCCCUGCCCUGCAACGGCGUUGGAAUCCUCCUGCGAUGCAUCUACUAUCGAAGUUUUCACCCCACACUGCAAACCGCGUCCCUGGCCAGCUACGAUGAAGUAGACACCAGAGGGCUAGCAGGCGAUGAUGCGGCUGUUUCCCAGCCAGAGGUGGUCACAGGCCCCAUCAACCAACGGACAUACAAACUCUCUCAAAGCCUCUUUGCCAGCCUCUCACAGGACAUACGGGGUCAACAAAAUGGGGCAUUUGGGAACGUCAGCCUUUGAGCCAAGCUGCACGCAGUUGCCCCCCGAGACACUAGCUUGAACCACAUUGGUAAACCAUUCUUUGCUCCUCUGGAGCCGGGUGUUAAAAGCUGUCCCCAAGAAUAUGCUGCAUAAACUAAUCCUGAACAAAAAUUCCUAGAAUAAGAUCCCUCUAGGGAGAAGUUUGUAACCAUAGACCAGUUGGUCCCCAUCACAGCCCUGAGAACAUUUGCCGUGAAUUUCAUACCAGUGAGUCUCCUGUCCUUUGUAUCUCCUCCUCGCUGCUAGAUUGAUUUGGCCUUGGCGAAGGCAAUCCUGACCUGUGUAUCCAGUACCGUGGGAACAAAGGAGAGAGGAGCCUUUAGAGGUGCCCUAGCAGUUCACUGGGACCCAGCAGGUGUUCUCAGGACUGUCACUUUCCUUCAGAGGCAAGCUCAGUCUACUCCCAGGGCAUCAAAAACAAUCUUGAGUAACCUACUUGGGCCUUUAAAGAGGCCAAGAUUGUGCAAGAUAGUGUUAGCUGCUGCUUGAUGAGAGGCCCAGUUUAAACACGGCACUGGUACCCAUGUUACCCCAUGUGCGAAAAUUGUGAAAUGUGCCAUGCUCAACAGAGAGAAUAAGCCUGCUCUCUGGCAUGGUUUUGGUAUUUUCAUAUGACAUUUGAGAGACUAAUUGAGAAAUGAGCAAGAGGGUGGCGAUAAGAAUGACAAAAAAAUGCCCAAUUUAAACUAUGCUGGUGGGAGGGGAGAACCUGCCUGCAUGUUGUUGCAUGCAGCCAAUGUAUUUGAGCCACUGUGCAUAUGUUGUUUAGUGUGCCAGCACAUUACCUGCCUAGACUAGGAAUCUCUGGCACUCUGGCAUUGCAUGUGUAAUGGCUUGAUGUCCCAGUUUAAGUAAAACACUUGAAUGAUGCAGUAUCACUCAGUUGUGGCCAGUCAUUUGUCCCUGAAAAACAUUCCUGGAUUCUACAUGUAUUGGAUCCUUGUUAAAGUUUCACAGGCUUCUUUCAGCCUCCCCUUCCCUCCUUCAGCAUCCUUCAUUGUCCCAUUUAACACUUUUAACCUUAAGCUAGGCCAGUGGGCCCACCCCCGCUGCCUAUAGCCUUUUCCACAGACAGUCUCACAACUUCCCAUGGUCUGAGUAGUCAUCCUGUUUGUGUGUGGGGGAGGUUGCCAUGUGGUUAAUUUAACUUCGUUUUAAUUUAAAAAGUUGUUUACAAGACCGGGAUGGGGGCUCAAAGGCCAAACUGGGUGUUAUAUGGAAGUUCUGGGGUGGGGGGUGGCUACUUAACCCUUUCCCCUUAGGCUUUUUACACACUCAGUUCCUCCCCCCCCUCACAGCUGCUUUUCCACCUGGGGGAGGGGGAAGCCACACCAUUCUUUGGUUCCUGGUUGAACCCUCCCCUCAGGUUACUUGUCUUUUUUUUAAAGUCAACUGAUUGUUACAUGUUGAACCACUUUCUGUUUUCCUGUCAGUGGAGAAUGUUAACUUAU